AUGCAGCGGUUGGCGAUGAAGAUCUCCCUUGUGAUUGAUCGGAGUGUUCUUGUGAAUGGUGGUGGGUCGCUGGGAUUCUUGACGAGCGCCGACGGUGCCCAUGAUGACCAACUUUCUCGGUAUUCGGCUGCUGCGAGCAAGCGCUCGAAGACGGUGAGCUGGCUGAGUGGAGGACAGAGAAGGAAAAGCAUGCUUGGGCAGUCGUUGAUGGUGGAUGAUCUUUCUAUGAGCGCUGACGACUCGAUCGUCACUAUUCACGUUAAGAUGCCCGCGUAG